AAACUACAAGAAGAACUAAAAAGAUUAAAAGAUGAAAAUGAAACAAUUCGUGAAGAAUUAUUAUACAAUAAAAGUAUAGAUGAACAACAUAAAGAAAGAUUAGAUAAAAUAAUCUCAUUAGUAAACAGAAAGACAUUAGCAGAACAAUUGAAUGAAGAACUACAAGAAGAAAAUCACAAAGUUAAAGAAUUAUACAACCAACUUAACAAAGAAUUUAAUGAUAUUGUUUCAUAUCAACAACAAGAAAUAAAAAAAUUACAAACUAGGGAACAGAUAUUAGAAACGAAAUUAUCAUCAUUUGAAACAGAAAGAAACCUAUUAAAUAAUAGAAAUAAAAUAUUAAAAGAUCAAGUAUCUGAAAUAAAAGAAACUUUUAAAACAAAAUAUGAGGAGAAAAUUAAAGGAUUGGAAAAAAGACUGAAGGAAUCAAUGACAACCCUUGAGACAAGCACAUUGGAAUAUGAAGAAAGAAUUAGAGGAUUAAAUAAAGAAUUAAAAGAAUUGAAAAAAUAUGAACAAAUAUCUCAAAAAAUAAUGGAAAUUUUCAAAAGAAAGAAAAUACAAGAAAAAUAA